CUCGUGAAUCUUUUUUGGGAUCGACUCCCAGCUCUAGGGAACAGGUCUACUGCUGCUGAAGAAACAAUUGUGAUCAUCGCUGGGACGUGAGUCAGCGAAGUCGCUGCCAUGACUGACAUUCUGGAGUUCAAUGACAUUUAUCAGGAGGUCAAGGGUUCCUGGUUUUCCCAAGGAGCAAUUAUGGAAGGAGUCUCCAGUGUCAGUCAGAGGUGAAGCUGUAACUGUAUGUUUUCCAACAUGGGGAACGUCUUCAGGACCGAGGACACCUUGCUUUGCGGUUUCAGGCUUCUUUUUUUUUUUGUUCAAUUUAUUAACUUCAAGAGAGAGAAAAGAAGUGAGGCUGAAUGACGGGCGUCUGCGUUUCAGUAAGCAGAUGGUGGUGUAUAAAAGCAGUAAGACGGGCAAGGUGGACAGUAUCCCUGUCCCAGAGCUCAGUCAGGCCCAAUGGAGGAGAGUCUGCCUGGGCCAUGGCAUCAAACUCUCCACCAGCACCGGACACGUGUACAAAUACGAUGGCUUCAAAGAUACUGACUUUGAAAAAAUCUCAGAGUAUUUCAAAGAUAAUUACAAAGUGGAGCUGACUGAGAAAGACAUGUGUGUGAAAGGCUGGAACUGGGGCACUGCUAAAUUCAACGGCCCAUUGUUGUCGUUUGAAGUGAGUGACACUCCUGUGUUUGAGAUCCCGCUCUCCAGUGUAUCCCAGUGUACCACUGGAAAAAAUGAAGUCACUCUAGAGUUUCAUCAGAACGAUGAUACAGAGGUGUCACUCAUGGAGGUGCGUUUUUACGUCCCGCCCACUACAGGAGAUGAGGGGGCGGACCCUGUAGAGGCAUUUGCCCAGAAUGUUCUUUCUAAGGCAGAUGUGAUCCAGGCUACAGGAGACGCUGUGUGUAUUUUCAGAGAGCUGCAGUGUCUCACACCCAGGGGAAGGUAUGAUAUUCGUAUCUACCCCACCUUCCUACAUCUGCAUGGUAAGACGUUUGAUUACAAGAUCCCCUAUACCACAGUGCUGCGCCUCUUCCUGCUCCCACACAAAGACCAGAGACAGAUGUUCUUCGUGAUCAGUCUGGAUCCCCCCAUUAAACAGGGACAAACCCGCUACCACUUUCUCAUCCUGCUAUUUUCCAAGGACGAAGACAUCAACCUCACCCUCAACAUGAGCGAGGACGAGGUAGAGAGGCGGUUUGAGGGAAAGCUGACUAAGAACAUGUCUGGCUCUCUAUAUGAGAUGGUCAGCAGGGUUAUGAAGGCUCUAGUCAACAGGAAGAUCACAGUGCCUGGAAACUUCCAGGGUCACUCUGGUGCUCAGUGUAUCACUUGCUCCUAUAAGGCCAGCUCAGGGCUGCUGUAUCCUCUGGAGAGAGGCUUCAUCUACGUUCACAAGCCGCCGGUGCACCUGCGCUUUGAGGAGAUCGCCUGUGUGAACUUUGCCAGGGGCACCACGACCACACGCUCCUUUGACUUUGAAAUUGAGACCAAACAGGGCAACCAGUACACCUUCAGCAGUAUUGAAAGAGAAGAGUAUGGAAAGUUGUUUGAUUUUGUCAAUGCUAAGAAACUGAGCAUCAAGAACAGAGGCUUCAAAGAGGGUAUGAAGGUCAGAGACGACAUGUACAGUGACUCGGACGAAGAUCAGCAUGACGCUUACCUGGAGCGCAUGAAGCAGGAGGGGAAGAUCCGUGAGGAGGCCAACGACAGCGAUGACUCAGAGGCUGGCAGCGAUGAAUCAUUUAACCCCGGAGAUGAAGAUGAUGACGUUGCAGAAGAGUAUGACAGUAAAGCCUCAGAAAGUGAAAGUAGUGCUGAAGAUGCAGACAGUGAAGAAGACAGGAGGAAGAAACCAGUCAAGAAGGCCAAAACUGUGAAGGAGGGAAAGCACAAAAAAGAGAAGAAGACAAAGGACAGCAGCGCCCCCAAGCGGCCAAUGAGUGCCUAUAUGCUGUGGCUAAACUCCAGCAGAGAUCGCAUUAAAGCAGAAAACCCUGGAAUCUCAGUCACUGAGAUUUUAAAGAAAGCCGGUGAGAUGUGGAAGCAACUGAGCAAAGACAAGAAAGAGGAGUGGGAAGGGAAAGCCGAGGAAGCAAAGAAAGAAUACGAGCGAGCGAUGAAAGAGUACAGAGAAAGCAGUGGAGGCACCUCAAAAAAGGCAAAAAAGAAAGGAGGAAAGAGUGAGGAGAGGAAGAAAAAGAAGGUAGGUGGGGCAAGGGAGAGAGAGAAGAACAGGGCAGCUGGGAAUGACAGCUUUAAGAGUCCAGAGUUCAUCUCCAGUGAGGAGAGUUCGUCCGAGUCCACCCGGGGAAAGGGCCGCAAGCGCAAGGGUUCGGAUGAUGAAGAGAAACAAGCGACCAGCACUCCCAGCUCAGAGGAGUCUGGCUCAGACUGAGAUACUAGGGGCAAAAUGAGAACGAAAGAAGACAGGAUAAUGGAGUCGUCCUGUCCCGGUCCCUUAAGAACCCCAUAGGUUUUCUCUUUCAUGUUCCCUCUCAUUGUCCUGUUUGAUCAAUUUCAGUAUGUAUUCUAUAUAACACUAAUGAGUAUUACUUGUUAAACGGUUUAACUUUGAUGUUAGAAUUUCUAGCGAGUAGCAAAUGUUGUGUAAAUAUAGUGGGGUUCAUAAGUCUGAGACCACAUUGAAAAUCUGGGAGUUUUUUUUUUUUUAUGUAUUUAAAUCCAGAAAGAACGUCUUAUAAUUUUGCCAAUUCAAUAUUUAAGUUGUUACACAAUUUCUUAUUCACUGUUUAACUGUAAGCAAAUUCACCAUGUUCAUAUUCACCGUGUGAACGUCUUUUUACAAAAUGUCAGAUUUUCCAUAUCCCUGCCAUUGAAGCAUGUGUCCAGAUGACACUCCGAUGGAUUUGAUGUAGCAUGGAUCAUCAGGUUUUACACAAACUUAUGGAGUCCAUGCCAGCUCGAGUGCACACUGUCAUUAAAGCAAUAUAUCAUUUGUAAUAAAAACUGAAUACUUUGGGUUAAAUUGAAAAAGAAUACCAAAUUGAAGCAUUUUCACUAGUGGUCUCAGACUUUAGUAACCCACUGUCUUAUGUAGGUCUGAUCAUUUUAAACAGGGAUGUCAAACUCAAGUCUGCAGAAGGGCUGCACUGUGUUCUAACACAAAUUCAGCUCAUAAAGGCUUUGGAAAUGAGCUGAUCAUUUGAAUAAGUCGAUAAAUAAUCCAAAAUGCUUUGAGACUUUAAGGUGCUGUAGCCAUUGAAGACUGGAGUCUGAUACCCCUCAGGUCUAGUGUUACUUUUAAAAUAUUGCUUUUAAAAAGCUUAAAAGUUUGAUUAGACAUGUUUUGCUAUUACAUGAGAGAGUAUAUACCACAGCAUUGUUGAAUUCUCCAUUCUGAUUGGUCAGAAGGGGUUUUUCUAUUACAGCAGCUCAUUUUUUUUAAUCAUGUUUUUUUUUUACGCGCUCAUUCUAAUGCAUCAUUAUUUCUAUCGUAACAACUUACACAGGUAUGGUGGAUUAAUUCUGUUAAUUCGGCAUUAACAGAUUUUUUUUUUUAUGUGCAUAUGGUGAAGUUUCUCUGAGGAGAUGUUUAUUUAACAUUUUUCUUAGAAGGAGUCCGUAGUGCCAGCGCUUUGCAACAAUCAGAGGUAAAGCUGCUUCUUUACGUUUUCCGACAUGGGAUGGAGAGCUUCACGUUUUAUACGACGCGCUGCAUUUUUGUCUUACAGAGAGUCUGAUGAGGGAACAACUGUUUAUAACAUAAGUGGUAACAUGAACUAACUUGUUUCACAGACAUUCUUUAAACAGACAAAAAAAUAUGAUGUGCCAUCGUUUAAUAAAUAAAAAUUGUUAGCACUGGCAAAUUGCUGUGGUUAAAGAGGAAUAAAAAUAACGUAAGCGAUGACAGGAAGUAACUUGUUUCACAGCGUUAAACCUAACUGUAAACUGACGAAAAGUACAUGUAUGACGGGUCAUUGUUUAAUAAAUCAUUAUUUUAGUA